AUGUAUUUCUUUGCUGCUUCUGUUAUUAUCUUAUUAUUUCGAUUACAACAAGUAUGGAGUGCUUAUUUUUCACAGUUUUCCCUACGUGAACCAGAACAUGAUCCCUGUUAUGAUCAUUCUGGACGCCCUAUACGUUGCGUUCCUGAUUUCAUAAAUGCUGCAUUCGGUAAGCCUGUUACGGCUUCGAAUACUUGUGGUCAAAUCGAACCAUCUAGACAUUGCUUCUUACGUGAAAAUGCUAUGGGAAAAACAGAAGAAAUAUGUGACAUAUGUGAUGCAUCAAGCAAAGUUAAAUCUCAUCCAGCUUCUCAUCUAACAGAUUUAAACAAUUCUCAAAAUGUGACUUGUUGGAUGUCAGAACCAAGCACUGAUUAUCCACAUAAUGUUACUUUGACCUUAUCACUAGGGAAAAAAUACGAGCUAACAUAUAUUUCAAUGCAAUUUUGUAAUCGUCUAGCUGAUUCUAUGGCCAUUUAUAAGUCAAUGGAUUUUGGAAAAACCUGGAUACCAUUUCAAUUUUUUUCCACACAAUGCCAAAAAAUCUAUGGUCGAAAUCCGAAUAUUAAGAUUGGGAAGCAAAAUGAACAGGAAGCAUUGUGCACUGAUAGCCAUAUUUUGGCAUCAAUGCCGAAUCGCGUAGCAUUUGCAACUUUGGAAGGCCGCCCAUCAGCAUUUGAAUUUGAACAAUCACCUGUACUACAAGAUUGGGUCACUGCGACUGAUAUUCGUGUUAUAUUCAAUAGACUAAGUCCUGAUCAGGCAGAGUUAUAUGGUUUGACGAGCGAGAUAGGAGUAAAUAUAACUACUAUGGACCAGUUAAAACAACAUUAUUAUUAUUCUGUAGGAGAACUGGCUGUUGGCGGUCGUUGCAAAUGUAAUGGCCAUGCUUCGAGGUGUAUAUUGGACGUAACGGGCAAUUACAUUUGUGAUUGCAAGCACAAUACAGCUGGUGCAGACUGCGAGCGUUGCAAGCCAUUUCAUUUAGACCGCCCGUGGGGUCGCGCCACCUCGGAAAAUGCCAACCACUGCGUCGCUUGUAACUGUAACUUGCAUGCAAAGAGAUGCCGAUUUAAUAUGGAACUGUAUAGACUAAGCGGUAACAAGAGUGGUGGCGUUUGUAUCAAUUGCAAACACAACACAGCAGGCCGUAAUUGCCAUUAUUGUAAACCAGGAUAUUUUCGAGACUUAACUAAGUCAAUAACUCAUCGAAAAGCUUGCAAAGCAUGUAAUUGUCAUCCAAUUGGUUCGUUAUCAAGAAGUUGUAACCAAAGUAGUGGACAAUGUAUUUGCAAAAAUGGCGUAACUGGUUUAACUUGCAAUCGAUGUUCAAAAGGAUAUCAGCAAAGUCGUUCACCAAUCAAUCCAUGUAUUCCCAAAUGCCCCAAAUGCAGAGCUGUGCCAAAACGAUUAACUCUGAAAAAAUACUGUAGAAGAGAUUACGCGAUAGAAGUACAAGUAACUGGGCGCGAAAGUGUAGAUGGAUGGAGCAAAUAUCGCCUUAUGGUAUUGGCAAUUUAUAAACGUGAAUCUGGUAUUCGUUUACGUCGCGGUGAGCAGUCACUAUGGAUAUCUACUAAACGUACAACUUGUAAAUGUCCUAAAAUCAGAGUAGGAAGAAAAUACCUUAUACUGGGUCGAAAUGAUACGAAUGAUAUAAGUCGCCCGGGUAUUGUUUUUGGGACAAGAACUGUUGUUUUGGAAUGGAAUGAUGAUGAUUUGGAGAAAAUAAUGCGGUUUUCCAAAAAAGAAAAAAAGGGUCAGUGUCCGGCGAAAAGAAGAUUUUGAAU